AUGGCAGCAGCUAUUAAAAGCACGGACUCGCAUCCUGAUCUCCACCCACUGGACUCGUCACCUCCAUCAUCACCAUCUUCUCCCCCUCUCCCUCCAUUAGCCAUGCCAGCUUCUACAUCUGCCACGGCUCUCCUGGCACUGGCAUGUCCAACCACCAGGCGAUCCAUUUCGAUGGGAGACUUCCGGAGGGUGACAGGGGCGUUACCAGCUGGUUCUGAACCCCCAUCCACGUCCGCCACUGCCCCCUCUUCCAAACUCGUCACCCCCAGCUCCAGCAUGGAGUUCGAGGCGGCCCGAAGGCGCCUCCUGGAGGUGGAGGAGCGUCAACGUGUCAUCAGAGAGAUGGAGCGUCGGCUGGAGGAGCUCAGGGAGGUGUUUGUGCGCUCGGAGCAGGAGGUGGUGGUUCAUGGGGAGCUGGUGUCGCGGAUAUCUAGUGCAGCCCAGCAGGGGGAGCUGUACGUGGCAGAGAACAGCCAACGGCUGAAGAAAGGCAUGAGGUUCAAGAAACACCGACCCACCAUCGUCUUUUCCUCCAUGCUUGGACUUCGCACAUGCCUCCCCUGGCCUGUGAAGCUCAAAUAA